AUGUAAAUAAGUUACACAAUAUUGUGUGCUUCCAGAACAAUUGGUAAGUUGGGCUGGCAAUCCAGGCGAAAAUUGACUAAAACAUUCAGCUGUAAAUAAAUCAUGCAAGCUUCACAUUCCAUGUUAGUAGCACUGUAUAUGCUUGGGAGGUUAACUUUUAAUGGAGCAUUUUUACUGUUAUAUCUAUAUACUGCAGAGGUAGCUCCGACAGUUACCCGUGGAUUCUUUAUUAGCCUCUGUUUUGGUGCUGGUAGAAUCGGCUCCAUGUCAUCCUCAUAUAUUGGAGAUUUAGGACUAUUGCUUGAUACGAAGUUUGGACGUGCCUUACCAACUAUUAUAUUUGGUGCUUUUGGACUAGCAGCUGGUAAACCCUGCGUUUUUUUGCCUGAAACCAAGGACACCUUCUUACCAGAUACUGUUGAAGAUGCUGUGAAGUUGGGAAGGGUUGUUAAUAAUAAUGAAGUCAAAGAAGAUAUAGAGGAAAGAUCACACGAUGAUGACCAAAAUGAUUUCGAGCUUCUUGAAAAAAAAAGAAACCAUGACAACAAAAUAUAACAGUAUAAAAUGCAAUAAAAUAUUUUUCUUUUAAAGAAAUACAUAUGAUUGUUCCUUUCUGUAAAGUAUUGAGAUUGGAUUUUACAGAUAACUGUAUAUUCAGUUUUUUGUCCAUUUCAGCUUGUGUUUUACGAACUGAUUUAAUGUGCAACCUACAUUUAAACCUGCAACAGUAAAAAAAAGUAUUGUGGAAUUAGCGAUGACAUGUGAUCCGACUUUUGUGAACAAUAAAAUUGCUACUAUUAUGCUGGUUGAUAAGUUUGUCACAUCUGCUCAUAUUAUACUGUGUGAACUCAAUAAGUUCUUGCUCGAUACAAAA